AAACGGACGGCAGAGAUUAAUAGGCACAGUCGGACACCAGGGAGUAGCCUAGAGGGUCGCUAUCCGAACUCCUCCUCAUCGGCUGGUUCGCGGGAGAACUAGGGUUGGGAUUAGGGUUUUGGGGCGUCCUCCUCCGAACCCUAGUGCUCGUCCCGUGACUCCGAGCCCAGGUUCUUUCUCUUUUCUUCGGAUUCUCCUCCAUCUUCGGUCCAAAAUGACGACGAUCGUGGCUACCUCGGAGGAAGAUCCGGUGCUCGCCGUCGUUCGGUUCGCCUCGGAGCUUGCCUGGGCUGACGCAGGCCCCGAGGUUGCAGAACCUCAGGUGACCAGACUUUGCAUUGAAGCCCAGGAAUGUAUGGUUAUGGGUAGAUGGUUGGAUCUGGCAUCUUUAAUGCUUACUUCAGCAGAUUUGAUUGCAUCACGAGUGUCAGAGAAAGAUCUGGAAUGUAUAUUCACUGUUAUCUGCAACCUUGUCACAAGAGCUAGCACUCCUGAUGAAGAACUAGAGAUGGCAAAGCGUAUUUCAGCAAAAGUUGUGCAGCAACCAAAUGAUAAGCCUGCUUGGCGCCUGAAGAUCCUGUUCAAUUUGUACAAUCUGCUAGAGAAUGCCCACAGCAGGUUCCUUGUCUACAGCAAAGCACUUAAUUUGGCAGCCAGUGGAAAAGUUACUGAAAGCAUUAUACCUUCUUUCAAAAAGAUAGAUAGUUUUCUGCAAGAGUGGAAUAUUGGAAAAAUGGACCAAAGGGAGCUUUUCCUCACCAUUUCGAACAUUUUAAAGGACAAGAGCAUGGUCAAAGAUUCUUUUGCUUUUCUGACCAAGUAUUUAGCUACUUUUUCUGGUACUGGUGAGGAGUCAUAUACAAUGAAUGAGGCCAAAGAGGAAGCUGUGCGUGCUGUUAUAGAGUUUGUGAAGUCUCCUGACAUAUUUCAGUGUGAUCUUUUAGACAUGCCUGCUGUUGGGCAGCUGGAAAAGGAUGGAAAGUAUGCAUUGGUUUACCAGCUAUUGAAGAUCUUUCUCACUCAAAGGCUUGACGCCUACCUAGAUUUUCAUGCUGCAAAUUCUACUUUACUGAAAAGCUAUGGUCUGGUUCAUGAAGACUGCAUAAUGAAGAUGAGGUUGAUGUCAUUGCUAGACUUCAGGUCCAAUGAUUCUGGUGAAAUUCCAUAUUCUGUCAUCAAGGACACACUUCGGAUCACAGAUGAGGAGGUAGAAUAUUGGGUUGUUAAAGCAAUUACCUCCAAACUUCUGGACUGUAAGAUGGAUCAGAUGAAUCAAAUUGUGAUUGUGAGCCAACAUACAGAGCGAGUGUUUGGGCUAUCACAGUGGCAAACUCUCCGUUCCAAGCUUGGAGCUUGGAGGGGCAAUAUUGCCAAUGCCAUCAGCACAAUCAAGGCUAACAAGGUAUCUGAAGAAGGACUACAGACAAUGCAAGGAUUGAUGACACGCUGAAGUUUAUCAACAUUCAUAGGCAAUGGAAAGUAUUGAGCAAUUGGCGAGAUACUUCAUUUGAUUUAAGAAGGUGAAAGGGCAUGCUUUCUUCCAAAGAACAAGCCCCUCCAAUGAAAUCCAAUGGGUUUCUGUAACGCUUGAUUUCUUAUUUGGGGUGAUCAUAUAUUUGCUAAAUUCUUGUGUACACCUUUAAAUUAUCCGAUGACUCUGCAGAUUUGGCUGCAAGAUUAUCAGUUGUGACCCAAAUUAGCAGAGAACAUAAUCUAGAAAUCAUGCAAUUGAUUUUUUUUCCAUAUA